ACAGUUCACUUUGUUGAGAUAUUCAUUUUAGUUUGAUUACAUUUGCCUUGCUCCAUAUAUUAAGAGAUUCCAUUUCGUUCCUGUAAGAGGAUUCCAAAAUAGGAGAGUUGAGCGAACCAAUACUCAGCUCUUCGGCAGGCAUAUGGCGGUAUGUUGCUUGGCACUGGGUAUGCUCAUGGUCUUGCUGAACUUCUGGGAUAUGUUGACUACCAAGCAGAUCGCAACGUGUCUGGUUCUAGAGACGCUUCCCUCAGUGGAAUAUUUGCACUGUUACGGCUGUCCAUGCUCCAGAGGGGCUUCCGAAUGAUCUCACCCUUAGUAGUCUCCGACAGUUGAGCUACAACAUGAGGGGCU